CACACACACACUCACACAAACACACACACUCUCUCCCUUCUCUCCCUCUUACUCUCUCACGCUCUUCUCCCCUAAAUUCUAUUCUCUUCUCUCUCCCUUCUCUUCUUCACCUCCUCUCCUCGCCUUCUUUCAUUUAUUGAUUUGUUCUCGUCACCUCUCUCCCUGUCGCUAGUUCAAAUCCUCUCCACUCUUUACCUCUCAAUCAGAUUCUAUCAACAAACACCGCCUGCAGAUUUCGUCCUCUGCCGAUCUAGACCGCCGGAACUUGCCCCCAUCUUCUCCCCUCCCGCUCUUCUCCCCCUCGAUCUCGGCCCCGGUCCACAGCCUUAUCCUUACUCCUAUCCGAGACAACCUUCGCCUCCUGGCGCUAUAACUCAAGGAAUAACUGCCGUCGGUUAUCGUCACACGCGCUUGGUUUGAGCUGCAGGAUGCUGUCCGUGGCUUCGGUUAAGAACUGCGGUCUUUGUCGAUACCUAUACUCCUGAUGUGCGAUGACCUCAGAGCAAUGACUUCCACCAAAAGCGCCACCUCCGCACGAAAAAGGGACGCCAUUCAUUUCGUCAAUGCGCGUCCAACCUCCGAAAAUGAGCGAUUGAAGAUACAGCGUCUGGUUCGCGCCCACGUCGGCAAAUGGAUUUCCGACCAGACCAAGGAUCGUUCGGCUCUGCCCGACUGUCCGAACACCAGUGGACGCUGCAACGCCGACCCCGGUCCCCACGCCACCAGCAGUAAUGGCCGCAGUGUGACCUGUCAGUCUACCUCCUCCAGCGAGGAGUCAGCAGGAUACUUGGAUCAGACGGUCUUGGAUAGGGGUUACUUGACCCCCCCGGCCACUUCUCCGCUCAGCUCCUCCGCCUCUUCCUCCCCGUCACCCCCACCUCUCCCUAGCCAAUAUCUGCACAAUGUAUCGCCGUCCAUUCGAUUCGCUCCCUCCGAUUCCAUCAAUUUGCAACUUAUCCGAUCGUCGAGCCGAAGCCCGGUGGAUCAUCCCAUGACUGAGGCCGAUCGAUCCAGUCCGGACAAUAUCUCUCUAUCCGCCCCGCACAAGUCGCGACCCGGGCUGUUCGGAUCUCGACCAAAUUCUUCGGAGUCGGAUGAGGGGUCUCGCGCCUUGUUAAUGACUUCGUCAAGCUCGUGUUUCACCCCGGGCUAUGUCGAUAUAUUUGGCGCAGGUCGAUUCGAUCCGUUCCAGACACAUCCUGUGAACUCGCUGAACAUGUCAAAGAAUGAAGUCGUGGCUUCGGAAUAUUAUUGCCUGGAAGUCCUCUGGCCCGGCCUCACCCCGGUUUCACCUGGCCAUGACGCUAAUCCCGCUAGCACCAAUUGGUUUCCGCUGGCGUUAGCUGACCCGACCUUGUUCACGGCCUUUGUCUUCGGUUCACUAUCCCAUAAGAGAGUCCAAUGGUUGAAAGGCACGAUUCCGGCGCACGCUUUCCUACCCUCCGAGCAACAAAUGCUGCAAUUGUGCGAAACGGAAACCAUUCGGAAUGUGACGCGGGAGGUCAGCGACCCCACCCGGGCGGUCUGCGAUGCAGUUAUUCUCAGCGUCAUCUGCAUGGCGCACAAUGUGGCCGACAAUGAGCAUAUGAAGGGCCAGAAGCUGCCGUUUACUGCUCCGAUGCAACGAUUGCAGUGGCUAGACAUCUAUAGCAGUCUUCCGCCUAAUCUGGUGCAUAUCAAGGGCUUAACUCAGAUGGUCAAGAUGCGUGGCGGUCUUGAGAACCUGACUCUCCCAGGUCUGGCCCCAACUUUAUGUUUCUCCGAUCUCGUCACUUGCAGCACUUUUCUCUCGCCGCCUGUGUUUGAUUUCAUGCCUCUGCGCGAAGAACGGAAGGGUCUCACGAUGCAAGAUAUGCUGGGUUACAGCAUGGUAGAUGUUGAGCGUCGGUUUGGUCCUUUGCGCGAGAUUGGGUUCACAUCAGAAAUGGUGGAGGUGUUCUACGGCAUGCAAGCUUAUAUCAAGCUUGUUGAGUCCCACAUGACAACGCAGCACUGCAACCCAGAUUAUUCGCUUCUCUCUGACCAGCGGAACCUCGUGCACUACAAUCUACUCUCCCUUCCUGCCCUCAGCUCAUUCGACCGGUUUUCGGACUACCAACCCCAUGAGAUCAUGUAUGAGAUCUGCCGGCUGGCCGGUCUCAUCUUCGGCGUCGGUGUGGUGCUACCGCUUCAAGCCCAGAGCGCGCCACUAGCACAGCUCGCCACAUUUAUCCAGGAAGCCUUGUACAUCUCCAAAUCUCCCUUCUCCUGGGACCAUCCGCAGGCUCGCACCGCUCUGUUCUGGGUCCUUUUUCUCGGCGGGAUAGCCGCGGAAGACCGGCCCGAGCGCGCCUGGUACGUCGAGCUCAUCAGUCAAGUGGCCGGCAGCCACGGCAUCUACACCUGGGAUGAAGCACGCAAGAUCCUCCGUGUGAUGCUCUGGUAUGACCGAGCCUGUGAACGCGGAGGCCGGAAGCUGUGGCUUGAGGUGAAGCGGUCGGGUCUCUCGUCCUCUUAAGCACCAGUCUUCUUCCCAAGACAUGGACCUCCUUCAAGCUCUCAGCAAUCACUGGCCUUUCUACUCUCCUUCCGACCCUGCUCUCAACCGCCAAGCACUCAUUCACAAGCUUACCUCAAGCCCCAACCCCAGACCAGAGAACAACGGAGGAAACAAGCACCAACCCUCCCUCCCUACCAACACCCCCACCUGAAACUAAAUAUACUAUACGACUUUACGAAGGUUACGAAGCAGCCGACGAACAUGGCGAAAGCGAAGAGCGAGUCGUCCCUGAUCACGCUCUCGCAGUCCACCACUCCCUUCUUGUAACCACUACUUUAUCUAUAACCCUUUUUAUUUUAUGUUUUACUGUCUUUUCUUAGUCUUGCCAUCGUUCUUCGGCAAUUUUCUCAGUCGUUGCUUAUUCCCACGAUCAAUCUUGUGAUACUAUAGAUAUAUUUUAACUAACCGACU